AUGCCCAAAGAAAGCCUCAAAGACAACCGCGCCCUGCGCAUCCUCGACCACGCCUUCGAAAACCACUACGGCGUGCCAGCCAUGUGCUGCUACAACGUCGAAGGCAUCCUAGCGACCGUCCGAGCCGCAGAAGCCAAACGCUCGCCGGCGAUGAUCCUCCUCUUCCCGUGGGCCAUCCACUACGCGGACGGCGUGCUCCUCCACGCGGCGGCCGAAGCCGCGCGCAAAGCCAGCGUCCCGGUAUCCGUGCACAUGGACCACGCGCAAACGCCCGAGAUAAUCCGGUACGCGGCCGACCUGGGCGGCUUCGACAGCAUCAUGGUCGACAUGUCGCACUACGAGAAAGCCGAGAACCUGGCCCUGACGCGCGAGCUGGUCGCAUACUGCAAUGAGCGCGGGAUAGCGACUGAGGCGGAACCGGGCCGCAUUGAGGGCGGGGAGGAUGGGGUUGCGGAUACGGCGGAUUUGGAGGGGCUUUUGACGACGCCGGAGGAGAGUAGGGAGUUUGUCGAUACGGGCAUUGAUUGGUUGGCGCCCGCUUUUGGGAAUGUUCAUGGCGAGUAUGGGCCCCGUGGCAUUCAGUUGGAGUAUGAGAGGUUGAGGUCGAUUAAUGAGGCUGUCGGGAAGGAGGUUAGGCUUGUGCUGCAUGGGGCUGAUCCGUUCACUGAGGAGAUUUUCCAGAAGUGUAUUGAUUGUGGGGUUAGCAAGAUUAAUAUUAAUAAGGUGCUCAAUAAUGAGUAUGUGAAGGUGCAGGCGGAGAAGGCCGGGAAGGUGCCGUUGACUACGCUGCUGGAGGAGGCGACUAAUGCGAUGCAGAAGGCUGUUGAGGGGUGUAUGGAUCGGUUGGGGUCCAGUGGGAGAUAUCCUAAGGCUUAG